UGGCUUCUGAUGACCUAGCAAAUAACAUUGUGCAUGCACUGCAGUGCUGAGAAGACACUCCCAAGAAUAUAGCAGUGAUUCCCUAAAAGCAGCAGACAAGAGUGAUGCCUCCAGGCAGGUGUUAUGCAGCCCAUGCUUCAAGGAAACAAGGACACCUUCGUGUGGUAAAGAAGGAAGAGGAGGAUGAUGGCUAUACUUCAGUGCAGCAUGCCAGGCCACAAACUCUUAACCGCCCUGGCCAGGAGCUGUUCCGUCAGCUCUUUAGGCAGCUCCGCUACCAUGAGUCUUCUGGGCCCCUAGAAACUCUGAGGCGGCUCCAGGAGCUCUGCCGCUGGUGGAUGAGGCCUGAUGUUCUUUCCAAAGCUCAGAUGUUGGAGCUGCUGGUACUGGAACAAUUCCUGAGCAUCCUGCCUGGAGAACUCCGGACAUGGGUGCAGCUCCAUUGCCCUGAGAGCGGUUCAGAGGUUGUGGCUCUACUGGAAGAGUUGCGGAGGGAUCAUCAUGGAAUACCACUCAGGGACACAUGCCUUGCUCAGAGCCCUGAUGUGCAUUGGAUAGGCACUGGAACUCUGCAGUCUUCACAGAUAUGGUCCCCUACUUCCCAUCGAAAGAACAGUUCUGCUCUAGAGGACCAUUUGGAACCUCCGUGUAAAAUAGGAGUUUGUAACUUCCUGCCUGGGCAAGAUGAUUCUCCUACUGACUCAGUGCCUGCCCGUUUCCAGACAGAAGACGGCACAGGAUGCCAGGUAAUGACCAGCAAGCCUCUGGUAACCCAGUUCUAGGAAGCUAUGACCUUCCAGGAUGUGGAGGUGACAUUCUCUCGGGAAGAGUGGGCAUGUUUGGAUUCGGCUCAGCGCAAUCUUUAUCGGGAUGUUAUGCUGGAGAAUUAUGGGAACGUGGUUUCUGUUGUGGAGUCAUCUCCCAAACCUGCUCUGAUAUCCUGGUUGGAAGCAAGGAAGCCAUGGGUCAUGAAUAUCUGCAAAGUUCAGUUUGAGAGGGAUUCAGGUACUGCCUCUAAAGGAGGUAAGCCCCAGAUUAAGUCACACAAAUUCAUCUUGAAACAGGACCCUUCAGAAUACACAGAAACUUUUACUGUGCCAUUAGUAUGUCCUGAGACAAGUGUUUCUGAGGGAACAGAGCUCAAAGAAUCUUCUGAACAGAAGAAUAAGCUACAGAAGCCCUGUGGAAGCCCCAUACAAGUGAAAGAGAUGAAGGAAGGAACUGACGUCAGUAACAAGACAGGAAGAGACUCUGAAGUAUCGGGAAGCAGCGAUACUCUUGAUGUAAAGCAUGUUAAGUGUGAGAGUGUUACUAAGAAAAAGCAAUCCUUUAAACAUGGCCGUGACAGACGCUUCAGAAAAAGAUCACACCAUUAUAAUAAGAAACAUGUGCUUGGAGAUACAGUUGAGAGAUUUGGUGUGUACCAGAGCAUUUAUAUUAGACUAAGAAAGAGUGGAGCACGCACAGGUGAAAAGAACUUCAUCCUUAGUUCUUGUCGCCAGCAGGAACAGAGUGCUCGUACUGUGAUGAUGUACAGGUGCCAUGAUUGUGGGAAGACCUUUAAGAAAAGCUCUCAUCUUGAGUAUCAUCAGAGAACCCAUUUUGAACAGAAACUGUUUAAAUGCAGGGUGUGUGAAAAAGCCUUCAAGUGGCGUUCAAACUGUGUGCGGCAUGAGAAAAUUCACACUGGAGUGAAACCGUAUAAAUGUAGUUCAUGUGAGAAAUCUUUCCAACGACUUUCAGCCUACCGCCUGCACCAGGAAACCCAUACGAGAAAGAAAUUAAAAUCCAGUCAGCACAAAGAAGCUCUCACGGACAGCUUGGACCUGCACCAGGAAACCCAGACGAGAAAGAAAUUAGAAUCCAGUCAGCACAAAGAAGCUCCCGAGGGCAGCUUGGAUCUCAAUCAUUUGACAGAUAAGGGUCAGGAGAAUCACUUGAACUGCAGGUAUUGUGGGAAAUCCUUCAGCUGUAAGUACUACGUUCUUGAACACCAAAGGAUUCACACACAGGAGAAACCUUAUAAAUGCACCAAAUGUAGGAAAACCUUUCGGUGGCAGUCAAACUUUUCUCGUCAUAAGAGACUGCACCUUCAACAAGAGUUCUGUAAACAAGAGAAACGUCGAGAAGACUUCAAGCAGAUUUGUAAUCGGUCUCAGCAUUGUGAGGAAACUUUUACUCAGAAGAAAUCACUUACUGAGCACAAGAGGAGUCACACAAGGGAAAAACUGUACCAGUGUAGUGAGUGUGGGAAAACGUCCAUCUAUAAGUCGGCUCAUAUCAUGCAUAUGAAGCUUCAUGUUGUUAAAAGAAAACAUGAAAAUGAUCUACCUGCUAACCAAGACACAGCGUCUCACAUUCCUCCGAGUAGUCACAGCGCAGAAAAGUCUCACAAAUGUAAGUACUGUGGCAAAAUAUUCCGGAUUCGCUCAUUCCUUGUCAUUCACGAGAGAGUUCACACUAGAGAGAAGCCCUAUAAGUGCAGGGAGUGCGGCACAGCCUUCCGGUGGAGCUCCAACCUCUCCCGGCACGAGAGGCAACACUCUUUACACCAGCAGUAUGAGUGUCCUGAAAGUAAAGAGGCUUCCAGUCUGGAGUCAAAGGUCUUCACUGAUCAGAAGCCCUUUUGGUGUCAAGAAUGUGGGAAAACCUUUACACGUAAAAGAAGCCUUUUAGAUCAUAAGGGAAUACACAGUGGAGAGAAACGAUUUAAGUGCAACCUGUGUGAAAAAUCUUUUGAUAGAAACUAUCGUCUUGUUAAUCAUCAGAGGAGCCAUAACACUGAGAGACCGUUUCAGUCUCAGUGGCGCGGUAAAGAUCUCUUUGGGAUACAUGUCCGUUCUGUUGACCAGAGAAAACACAGCAGAAUGCUGCAGUUGGAACAGAGUGUGCAUUCAGAUAAUCCUGGUUUAUCUUCCUUUCGGAGUGCAAGAUUAAAUAUUCAGGAGCUGAGUGGGAAGAAGCCCCAUAAAGAGAGUCAGAACCCUUCCGACAAGAGCUCCAGGUUCAUUGCUCUCCAGAAUAUACCCACUAAGAGAGGCUGCCACAAAUGUAAUGUUUGUGGGAAAAUGUUUGGCAAGCAUUCAAGACUCAUUAGCCACAGGAGAUUUCACACCAGAGAGAGGCCCUUUAAAUGCAAAGUGUGUGCAAAGACCUUCAGGUGGUCUUCCAAUUUGACUCGACACUUGAAAAACCAUGUUAAUUAGCCUGGGGUCUCUGAUGAUGGUGGUGGUGGUGGUCGUGGUGGUGGGGUGCAUAGUUCCUGGCUCCAUUUCUAGAGAACUUGUAGGCACUGGAGAAAACCUCUGCAAAGGUCUAGCCCCUUCUGUUUUGGGAGUUUGGUGUGGAACCUUUAAAAAGCUCAGGGACUCCUCAGUCUACCAGUUGAAAAGUGAUGCUGGGGAACACUGUCUUCUGGGGGCCUUGUAGAUGUCGUGGCCCUGAGGUGUAGCCCAAGACUGACAGGCAGGUGUCCCUGUGUAGCUCUUUGCUGUGACUGGGAAGUGUGUCUCUGUGGCUUAGUAAGGUGUGUCUGCUCUGUCCUGACUCUGCACGCACCAGACAUGCAAAUGGUUCACAGACACACAUGCAGGCAAACUACCCAUAAGUAAGAAAUGGACUCAAAAAAUAGUAUGAGCAUUAAAACUUUUAAAAUAUUUUAAAAUUGCCUCUCUGAAGAUAUCUAGUUCUGCCAGGUCAGGGGUGGAACUUUAAGUGCGCCUUGAUCAGACAAGUUGGGGAUACUCUUAAAACAGGCCUUGAGUCAAGCAUUGGAUGAAAGUCGUACUCAGAAGUACAUGACUGUUGGGUAGGAGCACAGCUGUGGAUGGUUUUGAGCAGUAGAGAACUGGAUGUCUACUCUUGAACUUGGUAUGGGCAGCACAGUCUUCUGUGGACAUGGUCUUUCCACUGCUCGAGGAACUGAAGUUGUGGCUGGGGAGAGACAGAUGGGCUGAGACCAUCACAGAGAAGUGGAUGUCGGAUGAUGCCUUGUUCACCUGGCCAAUGUGGUCAGUUCCAUCAUAACUGAAGACUGUCAGACCAGUGGGCAGAGAAGGGACCACAUGAGCUGUCUUAGCAAUCGCUUACAGAAGUUAGUUUAUGAAAGCUCAAGUGUGAAGCGGGAGGAAGAGCUGGGAUUCAGACUCCUUUGUAAGUGGAGACUGCCGGCCAACUUGGAAAGUGUUUUGAAAUUGUGAGUUUAUCCAUCGAGUCCCUCCUGGGGUUAAUGUGAAGAAUGGUGAGUUUAAGCUAGCUCACUACAGCAGGGUUGAGAUGGUGGGGCUGGCAGAACCCUGUUUUCCAUCAGCACGACAGUGCAAAAGAUAAUUGUAUUUCAGAAAGAAUAUGCAACUCGGUGUGUGGGUACACACCUGCAACCUUAAUGUGGGGUGCUGAGGCAAGAGAGCCAAAAGUUCUUAAAACGAGGAUAAACAAUGACCGUAGGAGAGGUAUACCCUCCAGUUCAGAACACGGCACAGAAUUGCACGAUAUACGGUGUAUAGACAUUUAAGCAUGUUGAAAGUGGGCGAUCACUCUGGUUUGGGCUUCAUUAUUUAAGUGAGAUGGUGUAGUAGCCUCGUGGGGUGGUGGGGGGCAGUACUGAAAUGCACGUGUAGCAGUGAGACUGGUGUCCAUUGUGUAAACAUUCCUGCUGUAUAAUAAAUAGUUAGUAUUUGGCACAAUUUUCUGUGGAUUUAAAAGACAUGAAAUAAAUGUAAGAUUAUGAAAUGG